AUGCCGAACCGUGUGCCGCCCCUCGAAGACACCUGGGCCUUCCAGCCGAUCGGCUCGCCCUUCCCCGAGAACCCCGUCAAAUGCCUGAACCAACAGAACAUGUACGUCGCGCUCUGGUACAAGAAUGGAAAGGUGAGUUGUGGGGAGAGAUUUGAUGGUUGGGAAAUAGGAUGUUUGAGUUACGUAGGGUUACGGUAGGCAUUUUUGGUUUUACUGUGCAGUCACGAUACUUUUGAUUUUGAUGUUUGAGUUACGGUAGGCUUACGGUAGACGCUUUAAGUUUUACCGUUGCGAUUUUUUGAUGUUUUUUUUGUUUUUAAUUUUCGCACUGUGCAACGGCGACAUUUUUAAUUUUCGCACUGUGCAACGGCGACACUUUUUAAUUUUUGCACUGUGCAACCGCGAUGUUUUUAAUUUUCGCACUGUGCGACGGCGAUGUUUUUAAUUUUCGCACUGUGCAACCCCGAUGUUUUUGAUUUCCGCACUGUGCAACCGUGAUUUUUUUUUAUUUUUGCACUGUGCAAUGGCGAUUUUAAUUUUUGCACUGUGCAACGGCGACAUUUUUAAUUUUCGCACGGUGCACCCGCGAUGUUUUUAAUUUUUGCACUGUGCAACGGCGACAUUUUUAAUUUUCGCACGGUGCAACCGCGAUGUUUUUAAUUUUUGCACUGUGCAACCGCGAUGUUUUUAAUUUUCGACGGUGCAACCGCGAUGUUUUUGAUUUCCGCACUGUGCAACCGUGAUUUUUUUUUUGCACUGUGCAACGGCGACAUUUUUGAUUUCCGCACUGUGCAACCGCGAUGUUUUUAAUUUUUGCACUGUGCAACCCCGAUGUUUUUAAAUUUCCGCACGGUGCAACCGCGAUGUUUUUGAUUUCCGCACUGUGCAACCGUGAUUUUUUUUAAUUUUUGCACUGUGCAACGGCGACGUUUUUAAUUUUUGCACGGUGCAACCGCGAUGUUUUUAAUUUUUGCACUGUGCAGCCGCGAUGUUUUUAAUUUUCGCACUGUGCAAAAGCGAUGUUUUGGAUUUUGCACAGUGCAGUGAUGACUUUUAGAGUCUGCACGGUGCAAACAAAAGAUUUUGGGCUUUUGCACGGUGCGAUGAAAUUUUUGGUUUUGCACUGCGAAGAUAAAAAUGCGCCAAAUUUUUACGCACGGUGCGGUCUCAAAAUUUUACAAUCCGCACGGUGCAAUUCGUGAAACGGAAUUUUUUUUGAUUUUGCACGGUGCAAUCAAAAAAUCCGGAAUUUUUUCGGGUGGGCGGAAAAAUCGUGACAACAUUUGGGUCAUUGCACCGUGCAAGUCAAAAAUUUUCUGUUUGCACCGUGCAGUCGGAAAAUUUGGAAUUUCGCACAGCGCAAAAUGUUUUCGGGUAAAUUUUUUUAUUCCUUUUUAUUUUCCAGCCCAUCCAUGGUCGUGCCUGGAACAAUGGUGGAGUUGUGGAGUGCUCGUUCCCCUAUUUGAAGGCCGAGCUGACCGGAGCCAAGGAUUUGGCCGGCCAAAUCCAGGUCCUUCAGUACAAGGGAGACCAUCGUUCUCUCGGCUACUGGUACAACUGGAUCAAGUACUCGGAGCGUUUGGACAAGGACGCCAAGGAACGUGAGCUCGUCCGCUGCGGCGAUUCCAUUCCUCUGCUCUGGCUGGACCGAAAGGAAGGCGCGUUGUUGGGCUAUGUGGACAAUAAGACGGAAAUUGCCCGCUUCUCCCAUGACGGAAAGGCCGAGGAUCUGCAAGGACCGGCCCUCAGCAGCAUGUACAUCAUUGUCCGAGAGUAUAAGGGUAGGUUGAGCGGGAAGAGUGGGAAAAUCUAGGACAUUUGACUUAGCCAUCUAGUACAGUGACGGACCUGAUCCAGUGGCAAAAAACGUACCAUUUUGCAUCCGGGAGGUAUCAAAAAUGUGGCAAAAUGCCUCCCUCUCCAAGUGAAGAACUUCGUUUUGAAGGGAACCUUUUGAAAUUGGAGUUUUUUCACUUGGAGAGGGAGGUAAUUUGCCACAUUUUUUGAUACUUCCCGGAUGCAAAAUGGUACGUUUUUUCCCACUCAUCAGGUCCGUCACUGUACAAAAAAAAUUUUAUGUGAAUGAUUUUCAAAAAAUUUUCAGAUGGACCCGAGGCCUGCGAGUGUAAUGAGUGCGAAGCCCGACGUGCCAAGCCUCAACCGGUCCCCAAGCCUAUUGUCCGUGUCAUGUUGAACGAAUGGGCCGACUUCCGUGCCGGCGAUCCCUUCCCACCAACCAAGUGUGUCAGAGCGCUGUUCCGCUCGCUCACCACUCUGCCUGGCGAGAAUCCCGAUCAGUAUGUGGCGCUGUGGUACCAGGCCGGCGAGCCGGUCAUGGGACGCAUCUGGAACGAGGGAGGAAAGAUUGCGGCCAACUUUGGAUGGGGAGGACACGAGUACAAGAAGAAUAUUGGAUCGUUGCAGGUGGGUUAGACUGCUAGGAGGCUUUUAAAAGCUUUCUAGAGAGUCUAGGAACUAUUGGCGCUACUUUUUAGGCAACUAAAAUAUUUUUGAUACACUAAUUUUUGGUUUUCUAAAUCUUGACCUAUAUUGGAUCGUUGCAGGUAGGCUAGGUUGUUAAAAUCCCCUAAGAACCUUUGUAGACGCCUUAGGGACUAUUGGCGCUACUUUUUAGACAACAAAAAUCUUUUUGAUCCACUAAUUUUUCGAUUUUUUCAAUCUUGACCUAUCCCCCUACUACAAUAUCAAAUUUCAGGUCCUGUUCGAGCUGCCCGAGCACGUUCGUGGUUUCGACUACGCCUGGAAGCCCUAUCCAGAAGCCGCCGCCCAAGGCGAGAAGGAAUGGGUCCCGGUGCACGUGGACAAUGGCAAAGUCAAGGUUUCCCCAGCCGUUAUCAUCCUGGACGGAAAGGAGAUCCUCGGCAAGGUCGACAUUCGCAACGAACGCGCCUCUGCCGGCUAUGGAGGAACCGAGAAGGUCCUGGUUGGUGGCGCUGUCCACGCUUCGACCGUCCUGUGCCGCAAGGCCAAGGCCGGCUGCAAAUUCGAUUAA